AAUCGAGUGGUCUCUAGAUCACUUGGUCACGAGCUGCCCUCCUCUCCACCACUCUUUCUUUCUUCUUUCUAUCAUUUAUCCAUACUUCACUUGAAGAUUUUCCUCAGUGCUGGCAGUUCUCACAUCAACAGCGAUGUGUUGAACUCCACAAUUCGGAUCCCCUUCUCCACAUCUCUCAGACCUCUUCGACAUGAAAACUUCACAGACUGCACUUUUUGUAUGCCUACUCAGCCUGUCAGACGUUGUCCUAGGUGAUUUGCCUCUUCCUUCACUUAGUUCAGUGGCCAAGGCUUCUCCGCCGACUCCAAGUCCACCAAAUGGAAGAAAAAAAACUGAUCCGCCAUCAGCUAUACCUGCAGCCAGCAGUACUGUUACCAUAACGGCGUCCAUCAUAUCAACAACCCCGCUCUCAACGGCAACGGUACAACCUUCUAAUCUGGCAACUACCAUCAAUACCAUUGAUGUCUCGUCUUUUAUGACAUCGUCUUCGUCAGCUACCCUGACUUCUUCGGGAGCUGCUAGUACGCCUUCGAGCUAUAACGGGACGUCCAUGUCAUCAGCCUCAACAGUCUCUCAAGCGAAAGAUUCAAGUUCCAUAUCUCAUCAAACCUUGGUCAUCAUCCUAUCAACCGUUCUUGGCUCUGUGGGUCUUGUUCUUCUUGCUGGAGCACUCUUCCUUUUAUAUCGGUUCAGCCGAGGACAGACACCUUUCGGACAUCGUGGAGCAUCGCCGAUCAAUGAUGAUGAGAUCGAAUCGUGGAGGAGAAGUGGACGAGAGAAGCAUCAGAUGACUCCACCAGAUCAUGGACCAGCAAUCCGCGACGUAACUUCGCUUCCGUUGCACUCACCAGCGUGGACAUGGGCAGCUUCUCCAUCAUCCAUCAGAACGGUCUCCGCCAACUUGUCUGAGCUCCACUCGGUUGUCGCUAAAGCCCCAAACGCUCGAGCUGGACUAACCGAUGAGGCUCUACCUGGAGCCGAUCCUUUCAUCACACCUCCUAAGCGACAGAGUUCUCGAUUGUCCAAACCACCUCCAGGACACGCCAGGACGAAGAGCAGGAGGAGUAGUAUAAGUACCAAGAGCAUGUGGAGUGGUCGAGAACGAAGCAGUAGUGAUUUGAAAGCGAAGGAUCGACAUUCGACAUGGUACGACCAGGACGACGAAGUGAUCAGCAGUCAUAUAAGAACAGAUAACGGCAGCAGUUCGCCUGGAGCAUCAGAUUUCUUUGAUGGGAUGCCGUCUGGAGGACUUUCGCCAAGACCGAAGUCACGGCCUAGAUUAUACGAGAUAUCGAAAGAGGACAUUGGUAGAGCCAUUGCAUAGACGACUGGCAACAAUAACAACAAUCUUCAUUCUGCUGGACGAGAACACACAGACGGUUCGGAUUGGUACUGGCAUACAAUGCCGACAUAUAUUAUAUUUUCCUUCAUUUUAUGUUUGUGCAAAGCACAAUAGGGAAGGCGUCUUGGGCCGGGCUUCGACCCGAUGUAGGAACAUACUGAGGAGACUUUGACGCAUAUGGCGCUUGCCAGUGUAAAUGCAGCAGCAGGUUCUUCUAGAGCACAUUGACUAGCAUUGUGUAAACAACCAUACAAUUAACCAAGAUUUAAACACGUUC